UCUAUUCUAAGUGAUCUCGGUGUUAGAAUCAACCACUUUUAAAGUUUAAAUUUCAAUGAGUUAUUUGUAACUGGGGAGAAACAAUGAUUGUAAAAAGGCAUUGAAAAAAUAUUGAAAUUUUGGAUUAAUAUAAUUUAUAGUAAAACAGACAUGGAAGGAUCACAAUUUGUAGAAGGACAAAGAUACUCUAGUCUUGACAAUAGAACAAAUGAUGAGUUUGUAGUAAUAGGACAAACAGUGUUGCCAUCGGCACCACCAAGGACCAUGUCUCAUCCAAGGCAACAGACAGUGUUCACAGUAGAAGGUGAAAAACGGCAAAUAUCUACCUCAUGUCAGUAUUCAAAGUGUUGUGCUGUAACCUGUUUACUUAUGGGUUGCUUUUUUUCAGCUGCUGUAUCACUUGGACUGUUAGGCUACGGUAUUUUGACUGUUUCGGACAUUGUUAACUGGUCAACAGAAUCAGUGGAUGAUUCAAGUAUUGACUCUUGGAAGUUCACCGACGAAACAACAUUAUGUGUAACCUUAUCUGGAAAAGAUCUUCAUCAUUCUGGUUGUGCUAAACAUCUGUUUAAUGAUAUUUCUGGUGAUAAGAAUUAUACAUGUUGCGUUAGGGAUUCUAGGCAAUAUUCUUUUCUUUAUCAAUUGAUGAAUGAAGAGCAAAGUCGUCGAACAUCCGCUGUACACAAUGGUAAAUGUACCCACUCAAAAGCCUUAUCGGAAGUUUUACACAACGGCAUCUUAGAUUGGAAACCAGUAAAGGAAUGUGAAAUAAAUGGGAAAGCCACGAAUGCCAGUCUCCUCAAAAUAAAUGAAUCUUACAUGUAUAGUGUAUAUAUAUCGUUGGCUAUUAGGUUUGAGAAAACAUACAAGAAUCUACCUAAUCACCAAAUACGAAUAAAACUUUACCGACGGCCUGUCAAUGGUUCAUUAGACAGUAUGAAUGACGUAGAACUUAUGCAUAAGACAGUUAAUAUAAGGAAAGAGUUCCAAAGCUUUGAAAAUGUGUUUUUCUAUGGAGCAUUUAACUUGCAAAAGGGGGAAUUCAUAUAUAUAGAAGUGAAAAAUUCUGAAUACCUGUAUAACUAUGAGGAAGCAUCUGUCAUAGGAUUUUACAAGAUCAAGUAAUGAGUACUACAUGAUAUAACUUUUGUGAUAAUAUGGUUGUUUGUAAAGUAUUAAUAUAUUUAUAAAUUUUGUUGUUAUAGACAAUUUAACUUCCAUUGUGUAUUUAUCAUUUGGGUAAGAUACAU